GUGUGUGGUGGUAAAUUGUAAAUACCUUUGACCUAUCAUGUACCGUAAUAUCGAAGUCCCUUUGUCUUGAGACUUGUGGGGCCUUUCCUUUCAUAUCCUUCUAUGCAGUACCAUCCAGCGUUACUACGGCGGUAAAGACCUUGAGAGCUGCCUUUCGAUUCGACUCCUCAAACAACCCCAGCUACCAACCAGAGCCAACUACUUUCAUUCCCACAGGAUUCCUUGCCUCUUGUUUGGAGUGCAGGGAGAGAAUAUACUGCACAACUCAUAAAUCUAUUUUGCUUUUCAAAUGGACAAAUCAACCAAACCAGCCUCAAGUCCUUCAGGCACCGAUCAAUCGAUCUCGCGGCGAAGAGAUGUGAUUGCUGCGGCCUUUAGAAGCUUCAGGACGAAGUACGAUUGUCGUUCAUUGGGCCAGCCUCGCCCCACGCCGUUCGAACAAGCUAUCCCAGUUGACCAAGCGAGUUGGAAAUCAAAUCUCAGUUGCUUGGAAUGUAGCCUUCUACCUUUACUCCGUCAUCAGGUCAACGCCCUGUCCAGAUCCAUCUGCUCAUUCAAUUUACGCAAAGAUAAAGGUCGGAAACUCGACCUAAUCUCAGAGCUCCAAUCGGAGUUUGAUCACACUGUAUCCCAAAUCGUAUCUUAUGCUACUAUCAUUUGCCACCAACCAUUGUUCUCACGUGCACACACCGAUGAUCAUUACUUGCAAGAUUUAAAAGACUUUCGAUCUCAGAAGCUAGUAUUCAAAAUCAGCUUCCUAACUCAUGAAUUGAGCUUCUUCUCUGACGGUUGCACUAUGCUCAUUCAAGAAUCGAAGCUCUCCCAAGGCGCAGGUCGUCGUAGGGCUCGCAAAUUUAACGCUAGAGGACGUGUAACCCAAUUUGCAGCUAUCGCGUCGGACUCGAUCGACAGAAUGAUCAAAUGGUUACGAGGCCACGAAUUGACUAUCAUCCAGGAGGAUUGGAAGAUCGAUCUCUCUAGCAUUGAUGAUAUGCUCGCCAAGUUAACCAAGCUGAUCAAUUCAAGGACCGACUCAGACGAAGACGGCCAGUCUAAGAUCAAAGCUCCCAGCGCACCCAUCAUUCAACUCGCUCGAUCGGCCGUACCGAUCGUCAAAUUAUCUAGAAUGUUUUUUAGAAAAUUAUCCUCAAGCGGAUUGAACGAAACCCCCUUGCAAUCAUUUACUGCGAUGAGCUCCGAUCAGCUCCGUACUCUGUGCCGAUCGACUGAAUUAAUCGCUACCGAGCUCAACAAGAUCCUCAAAACCUUCAGUAAGGCUGAGCAAACCAACAAUGCCGAAACGGCCCAAGGUCUCUCUAAAUCAGCCGGUAGAGUUUUACAUCUUCUUCAGUCCAAUAUGCUCCUUGUGACGCUCUAUGUCCUGCCUCUGAUCCCCACAGUUAAUAAUUCUUCAUCCCAAAAUCAUCUCAAGACCUGGUUGAUCACUUGGAAUAAUCUAUUCCUCUCUACCGCUGAAAAAUGUAUCAGUGCUGCUAACACUUUCCAAAUGGGCUCAUAAUAUAUAGGAGAUAUUGUUAACACUACUGUCAUGAAUUAUCUUAUAACUACUUGUGUGUCCUACUUUUCAUGACCUUCUGUAUUGUUUUCACUUUGCUUGUUUUUCUAAAAAAGAGAAGGGGGGGGUAUUAUUAUAGUGGCUUAGGAAAUAUGUAAAUAAAUUGAUGUAGAUAGAUUAUAGUGGAGAGAGUCAGCUUGUAAUGCAAGUGAAUUGCAC